AGCCACUUCUAUGAACCCUCACAUCCCAAUACCCGGGUUGACAUUCCGCCUUACCAUUACCAAUCACCAACCUCGGGGGUCAUGUCUCAUGAUCAUUUAGGGAUGCGCCCCUCAUCAUUUGCUUAUUCUGGACCCGUAGGCGUUAGAUCGUCGCAGGCAUGUGUAGCCUGCCGUAAACGAAAGGUACGUCCAGGCCUCCGUGUGUUUCCGUGGGGUGUCGAAUGAUUGAGCUGUUUCAUGCCUAGGUUCGGUGCACCGUGAUUCAAUCGGACAUGACCCAGUCUUCUGGGAGUGGACAGGGGUCAAUCGAAAAACUUUGCGUUAGAUGUUCUCGAUUGGGUAUCGAUUGUAUAUGGAAAGAUGAGCGUAAAGCAAAGACAAAGUCGAGAUCACAGCCAAAUGACGCUCCUGAGCAGCAUGUGUUGACGUACGUGAUUCUCCCCAUUUUUUUUCUGGCCGGCCGCGGCGACCUCUGGCUGAUCUCUGACCCAUACUAUCACCGGUACGGUAGUGUUGAUACUGCCAGCACGAGCCAAGCAGGCCCCAACACGACAUCCCCGUCAUUAUCAGGCUCAUCUACCGGGAGUGGAGCACUCCAACGGCAACAAGCGCUUUCCGUAAGGACGCCUUCCUCGCCUGCAUUUUCAUCUUUCCCGCCUGGGUCCGCGACUAGCGACCCUUCUUACCCGCACCAUAACGCUUACGAUCCAACAAGCUUCGCAACACACGGGCAUGAUCCAGACCAGCAGGGGCAACAGCACUCGCGGAUAAGUAGUAAUUAUGUGGGUGGCAUGAACAGCAGUAAUGCAACCCCCACGCGAUACUCAGCCCCUGACCCAUCUAUAUACACUGCCCAUGACCUGGCGAGUAUCCGAAGGACCAGCAUGGGAAAUUUGUCACGCGCUUCUCCUGUGCUGGCCACUCCCGUGCGUGAAACGCCCUUGCCGCAAGUUGCACAUUCCCCCGUCUUCUACCCUUAUUCCGUGUAUAGCGAACAACAACAGCAACGGCCAUUGUACGAAGAUAACACUUUGUCUUCGGGAUCGGGGAUUGGGACUGGUGGCAAUGUCCCUAUUCGUUCGGACGAAAGCCAGAAUACGACGACGCUACAUCAUUACGCGCCGCAGUCGCGUACCUAUACACCACAAUCCCCCCUUCAGCACCAACACGUACAACACCUUCCAUAUCCACCCCGCCAACAGGGGUAUCAAUAUCAUUCAGAGCAACAACUCCAACAACCCCCGCCUCCGCCUCGGUUCCCACUUCCUUCCCUGUCCUUCUCGUGUACACGCUCAACGCAUUCGUUCCGAUACGAUACAUCAUGUCACAUUCCUGUCAUCAGUACACUGAGCCACGACGAGCAUAGAUUGCCAGUGCCGGGAGAACAUAAGGAGGAAUCGAGAAUUUGUCCUGUUCUUUUUCUGUCCUUCGUCGUUGAACGAGAUUAUGGGUGUUGGGCCGGAAGCGUGGAGUACAAUUUACAUUACACGUCAAUGGCUUGGGCGGUUCGGGCCGCUGUCGGCCGGUUUCAGAGGCUUCAUUCACAACUGGCGGAGGCUCAAGCUAUCGCAUCCAUCCCCGCUGGCUCAACUCAGAAUGCAGUGAGGGGAAGUACGCUUGAUGUCCGAUAGUUUCCCCGCUGGGUUUCAUUACGUCUUGACAUCAGGCCAAGUUUACCUUUUGUGCAGGCGCCCCUGGACGUUUCAUAAUUCAUUGUACCUUACUUGCAUCUCAGCCUGGUCUUCUUAUUCUGCAGGAUGGCCUCGCCAACGUUGCUUCUCCGUUGCAGGCCGCUAGUAAUUCCAAUUCAUGUCGGUGAGGUUCCAAAAAGGAAGGCUAAGCUUUGUGGCGGGCUUGAGCUGAUGCCGCUAAGCACUUCCGCUACCGAAUCCCCGAUCGAUGGCAGAUUGCGUUCAAGUGCGUUCAAGUGCGUAGAGUCGUCGUGUGCCC